AUGUUCCUUGCUGAUUCCAGGAGUCUACUGGAAGGCCAUCACCUGAUUUUUACGGACGACUCCCUAAUAAACGAUAGGGCCGGCUUUGCAUUGUACGACCCGAUGCUCAGGGUAAACAAGAAAUUGGCCCUUCCGGAAAAAUGCUCCAUAUUUUCGGCCGAAUCCUUGGCAGUGUUAAAGGCAUUACAGUACGUCCAAGAAAAUAUAUGGGUUCAAAAAGUCGCUGUUUUCACAGACUCAAAGGGUGUGAUCUCUAAAAUAGAAAGAAUAAAAGCAAACUCUAAAUGCGAUCACAUAACGGCCAGCAUUUUAAUGAUAACUAAUAAUUUACUCACCGGGGGCAUAAAUGUUACCCUAGGCUGGAUUAAAGGUCACUCUGGAAUAAAGGAAAACGAGAAAGUUGAUCGAUUUGCAAAGGAAGCGGUCAUUGACGGUCAGCGGUGCGACUACGCAAAGACCAAAAGUGACUCCCAGUGUGUACUGAACCAUAGGUGGAUUUCAGAUUGGCAAGAGUUCCAUAAUUCCGUUGAUGGAGGCUCACUAUAUAGAAGCAGAUUUCCUUUGGUGCCGAAAGAACCAUGGUUUCGAGGGGUCAGGGCACUUCGACAUUAUUUCGCCAUAAUCUCUAGAAUACGAAGCAACCAUGGUCUGUGGGGAGCACAUAUGUGUAGAAUCGGGCUUAAGGAGUCCCCCAAUUGUAUAACUUGCGGCUACCCAGAAGAUUUAAACCAUAUAGUAAUGGAAUGUCCAAGGUUUGAAAACGCAAGAGGUAAACUGCUAAACGGUAUUGAUGCCCUAACCGAUCCGGACAGACCUUACUCUCUUGAGACGCUCGUUGCCUCAGGGAACAAGGAAGUGUAUGCGCUGCUAUUUUGGUUUCUGAAGGCAUCUAAUCUGAAAAUAUAA